AAUUGAUCUGAUUCUUCAACUUUGAAUCAAUUUUAACGAAUGGAUAAUGUUUUUGUCUAACUAAAUCGCUUCAUAUGAAAAUAUUCAAGGUAUAAACAUAACAAAAUUCAUAACGUUUACCAAAUGAGUGACAACUCAAUUUUGUCCGAAAUGAAAAGAUUACAACCAAUGAAAAAUGAGGUGAACAUAAACACUAAUCAAAUAACAUAAUAAUAAACUGUGUGAAUUCCGUUAAGAAAACAUUUAUUCCAUUCAAACAGAAUUAUAUCAUUCAACUCAACGUACUUAAUUGUUCACAUUCAAACGAGCCACCAAAUCGAUUCAAAGUUCUGUGUAAGUACGGUGUGGCUGUAAAUCUGAAUUCAGCACAAAAGCUUAAGUACUUCAUGCUGUAAAACUACAGCAAAUGACAGACUGGAGUCAAUCAUUCAUUCGUCUCUUUCGCACGCACAGUCAUUCACGAAAUGUUAAUGUCAAGCGCAACGAAGCAUUGCUCUCGCUCUAUCCUCCACACUCACAGCGUUUGUAAUUUUGUUUUGUUUCACAUUUGUGUAUUCAUUUUCUAAACACAAACAUAUCGAUAGACCACCACAGGCAUGCGAUGAUGUGUCUUUUAUUCGUUUUGACGUUUCCAUACACAACUUUCACGUUAUUCUACCAAUAUACGAAAUCCAGUCACACCAGAACAGAGUUUUUAUCACACAAACAACAAAAUCAAGAAUUUAAUGAAUCGUUUUAUCAAUAAGCUGUGUCAAAAGUGUGCAAAGCGUGUUGUUGAGAGUUUCGUGUAAAUCAGUCGUCUGGGUAGAGUACGAGAGAGCAAAAGAUUAUGCAAAUAGAAUUAAUAAAAUUUCGGAUAUUCUUUGUUGCCGUGUUAAACGAAUAGAUACCAGAACCUCAUCAGUGUUGUCGGCAGUUUGCUACGUGGCCACGCAUAAAUUGAUUGCAAAAUAAAUGGCGAAAGUUUCGUGUGAAAGAUGAAAUAUCAAGAAAGACACACAGAUUGCUCAAGAAGAUAAGCAAACACAGACGCAGAUUGUGAUCUACCACACAAUCAGUAAGUCUAAGUAACAGGCUCACAGCUGGAGGCAUACUUCAAUAUUUCGAUAGUGUUGUUCACAAAUUGUGAAUGAGUGCCUAGUUUUUUGUUCAUUGCUCAACCAUCAAUAGAGAAAAACAAGAAAAAAAACAGUGUAGUAUGCCAUAUGAUCGUGACGACAACCUAAAGUCCCACACACAUAGUGAUUGAGCUUGCGUGUCACUCUCCAAUUCGUUGUAGUCAAUCGGCUUGCGAAUUGUGCUCUCUGCUUUCGGUUGUUUGGUUAAUUUGUGUUGCAAUUGUGAUAUAUGAAAUAGUAAAUAAAUAUUCGUGCAACAGUUCACAUCGUCAUUGGCUACUCGAUCGAGUGGAAGCAAUCGGAGAAAGUGACUGUUUGGACAAAAAAUUAUAUUCAUUUAUUAGUUCUCGAUCACAUUAUGAGUUGAACAUUUUACAAGUGCGGACGUGACUAAAGAACCGAAAAACAUUUCCUUAUCAACUGUAAUAUCGCAACAGAAUUUUAAUUUACAAAUAGAACUUGAAUGCUAUUUAAAAACGAAAAAAAAGAAAUAAUAGUGAAUAUUGAGUGGAAUAAAAAAACAAAUCGACAAUUCAAACCAUUCGUUUCGGAAGGUGUACAAAAACAAGGAAAACAAUGUGUGGGAAUAAAAGCAUUUAAUUAAACAACAGCAAACAAAAAAGAAUGAACAAGCUGCUGCUGUUUUAUAGUAAAUAUUUACGGUAUGACGCCACAAUUGACAAUUGCAGCCAUAUGGUGUAUAUGAAUGUGCAAAUUUUGUCAUAAAUAAUCAUCGGCUGUGUGGAAAAGUCAGCUGAAAUUGAACGACUAAUCAUUGAGAAAUUUCCAAAGAAAACUCGCGUCAAAAUGGGCGGAUCAUCGCGGGGAUUUUUGAGCGUCAGCAAAACGCGUUAUCGCUACUUAAUCAAUUAUUUUGUUACCAUUUUUAUAUUAAUUCAAUUAAUCAAUUGCUGCGAUGCCUACUUUUAUUCGGAAAAACGAAACGAAUCGGGCGAAGAUAGAAACUGUUUUUGCCAGUUAAAAGGUUCAGUAGACGACUGCAGCUGUAGUAUAGACACAGUUGACUAUUUCAACAACAAUAAAAUCCAUCCCAGACUCCAGAGUCUGUUGGUUCGCGACUACUUUCGCUUUUACAAAGUCAAUUUGAGGAAAGAAUGCCCGUUUUGGGCGGAUGACAGCCAAUGUGCAAUGCGAUCGUGUCAUGUAAGCACUUGCUCCGAAAAUGACGUGCCAGAGGGUCUAAAAGGUCAACAUCAACAAGAAUCAUUCAUGUUUAAGUACCUGCCGGAAAGUCAGCAAAUUGAUGAUUGCAUGAGAGACCACAAUUUGGAGCUAAGCUAUUUGAAUAAAACAUUAACGCAAGAGGCGAUGCAUGGCUUUGAAAUAUGGGCCGAUUUUGAUGGACAAAAAGAUAAUUUCUGUAUACUGGAUGACCAUGAAAAUGGUUCCGAAUAUGUCGAUUUACUGUUGAAUCCAGAACGAUUUACUGGGUAUCGCGGAGAAUCAGCCCAUCGUAUAUGGCACAGUGUUUAUAUGGAGAAUUGCUUCGAUCAAACGUCAACCAAUGCACUUUUAACACAUAUCAACAAAGUACCUAAGCAUUUGAACAAUUUAUGCAUGGAGCAACGGGCAUUUUAUCGACUUUUGUCCGGCAUGCACACAAGCAUCAACAUACACUUGUGUUCGUAUUACUUGUUGAACGAGGGAAGCGACUUUAUGUCGGAUCCGCAAGGCGUUUGGGGCCGAAAUGUCGAUGAAUUUAUGAGACGAUUCAGUCCAGAAACCACUAAAGACGAAGGACCGAGCUGGCUGAAGAAUCUCUAUUUCAUUUAUUUGCUAGAAAUGCGCGCAAUUGCCAAGGCCGCACCAUUUCUAAGGAAUGAACAAUUUUUCACGGGCGACGAAGAUGAGGACGAAUCCGUUCAAGCUGCCGUUAAAGAUAUCUUGAAUAUCAUUGAAUCAUUUCCACAGCACUUUGAAGAGAGUCUUAUGUUCAACGGAACAGCUGCCGCUCAGUUGAAGGCCGAUUUCCGUGAGAAAUUCCGUAACAUAUCCAAAAUUAUGGACUGCGUUGGAUGCGAUAAAUGCCGGCUUUGGGGAAAACUUCAGGUGCAAGGCUUAGGAACGGCUUUGAAGAUUCUUUAUUCGGGCAAAUUUGAUGGAGACAUUGAUUUCAACGAAAAUCAACCGAAAAAUAUCAAGGAAUCACUUCGGCAACGCUUCAAACUUAAGAGAGGCGAAAUCGUAUCACUGUUUAACGCGUUUGGAAGAUUAUCAAACAGUAUAAAUGAGCUGGAGGAGUUUCGGAAGGUGACGAGGUAGCAAUAAAAUUGAACUCUAGGCAAAUUCAAAGAAUUUCUGUCAUUAGGCGCACAAUUCAUAACACAAUUUUGAAACAACUUAAUUCACAAUUAGCACGUUUUCCGAAUGAAUUUUUGACUCUCACACAUUGGUGUUCAUCGUCAUGCAAAUUAUUUGAGAAAACAAACAAAAACAAACACACAUUUUCAAUGAAGUGCAAAUACAAUAGUUAGUAAUAGUGGGCGUUAAGCUGCUUCCGUUUAAAGAUAAAAAUGAAAUGGUUUUAUUUUUCGUUGAUUUAGUUGUUAGAAUUGAUUUGAACGGUUCUCAAGCAUUCUGAGACUGCAGAUUACCAUUCAAAAUGAACUCACCUUAUUUUUAUUUGGAUAAAAUGGGGCUGGAUCUUCUUAUCGCAAGUGAUUUUUCAUUAAUUUAUUUAUUUUUUUUGUUUCAAAUUGUUGAUACUUUAUGAUAUUUUAUUCUGUUUUUACAAAGUGUCACUCUCUUUUUGAUAAAUGCGUCUAAUAUAUGUGCAUUGAACAUUGAAGAGAUAUAUGUGUACAAACCAGUUCAGUCAACAAAGGAAAAUAAAUAAAUUAUAUUCAUAAGAAAUGAACACGAUUUACAUCACAAUUUUGUAUAUUUUAGAUGUUAAUUAUAGAAUUGAAUAAAUUGACCUUAUUUCCUACAGAAAAAAAAA